AUGCGAGUCACUCUGUUAUUUCUAUUCCCAGACCCCAGCACCGCGGUGGGGAACGGUUCACAGUUCACGGCCCGGGAGGGUGACUCCCUGCGGUUCCUCUGCUCCAUCACCAGCAGCCCCCCUGCCACGCUGGUCUGGGUGAGGGGGGGCCGAGCCAUCGAGGGAGCUGGCCCUGUGUGGGAGAAUCAGCUGCGGCUGGAGCUGCCCAACUUGACGGCCGAGGACAGGGGGCUGUACGGGUGCUGGGCCCAGAACAAGGAGAGCUCUGCCCAGGGGACGUUCCAGCUGCUCGUCGAGUACAGCCCCCGGCCGGGGACCGGGCUGAACUCGUCCUGCCAGUGCCAGGGGCCCAGUGUCAGCUGCAGCUGCUCCCUGCGCUCCCACCCCCCACCCCGGCUCCAGUGGCAGGUGGAUGGGGAGCCCCUGGCUGGGAAUUGCUCACGGGGGGCCCUGCAGGUCAGCUCGUGGGCCCAGGGGGACGAGGCCGUCAGCACUCUGAGCUGGACGGGGAGUGGGGACGGGGGCCCCCAGAUCUUCUGCCUCGGCUCCAACCCCCACGGGACAUACGCCGCCCUGCAUUUUGACUUCAGCCCCUGGCAGAGAGCUCCCACAGGUGGCCUCACUGGGGCAUUUAUCGAAUUCAGCUGUAAACUCGUCUUCGUGGCGACUGGAUUCGUCCUGGCCUAUUACCUCACCCUGCUCUAUUACAGAUGGACACCCUGUUGCUGUUGUGGAAGCAAAAGGAAGGAUAGGCCGGGGGACAGGGAAUCCACGGUGCCCAAGUCCGGUGUGUAGAUCGGUCCGUUCCUCAGCCAUGGAAGAGCCGACAAGGACUUGGAAUCUCACAGGACUGAGGAAAUGGAGAAUGAGACCUCAGCUGGGGGGACUGUCACCCUGGGUGAGGACAAUGGGCCCGUUUAGCCCAG